GGCCAACUCAAGGCCAUUAGCACGUUGUACUUGUUCACUGUUAGCCUCGAAAUAUAUAUAUAUAUAUAUAUAUAUAUAUAUAUAUAUAUAUAUAUUCCCUUUACUGUAUUUUAUACACAGUCCACUUCUACAUAUAAAAAUAAUUGCCAUAUCCAUUGCUAUCUUAUGAUUUGUUUGUUGUUAAAUUUACAAGUCUCCAACGCAUUUCGUAUUUAUAUCUUAUUUUUACGUUAUAUCGACGUCAUCAGUCGAUAGAGGACAUAUGACGAGGCCAUUAUCCAUAAAACCUUUAUAAUCGAUUAUCUUAAACCCAGUCAAAAGAUGGAAAUAAAGAAGUUCCAAGAUAUAUUUUAUGGCUAGUCAGUGUCGUAAAGUAUGUUAUAUAAACUGAUUAGUUGUUGCAAUGGAUGCGUACCAUGGUGAACCCAAUGUUGAUCUUGUACAGAUGCUUGAUUGAGCUCUUUUAACUAGGGUGUUUCCAUUAAAACUAAUGAGGUGAAUGUUGGUGUCAAAUACGUGCAGAACUAUUUGUCGUGGGGAUUUAUCUACCACUGCACGCAAAAAGUUAUGCUCAGUUACCGUACUGUCCUAACAGUAAUGAGGGACUAUAAUGUUAUCAUUUAGUAAGUACUUUGAUAGUAGUACGUUACUUUACUGUGCAAAACAAAAUAAUGCACUCCACUAAGCUAAAUUGGUAGUUUAAAAUACUUGAUAUUUCCCUAAUCAAAUCUCCGUUCUCUCAAGUUUUUUCCCUGCGUAUCAUCUUUAGAAUAUUUGUCUAAGUGUUGAUUUAACAUUCAAACAAGAUUCUUUGCUACACCUAAUUUUGAUCAAUUUGAUCCAUCCAAAUAACUGAGUAUGUGGUUGUGACAAGUUAUUUUAAUAUGCUAACAAGUUGCGCCGAUUCAUCAACUUUCAAAGCCCCAUGCGUGUAAGGUUUUUAUAUUUUGUUCGUCUCUUCGGUUUUUUGGCGGUGUUAACAGCUUUUGUCGUACUGUGGAGAUUGGGGAAUGUCUCAUAUUAUUCGGGAUCUGAAAAGGGUUCCGACCACAGUCAUGAAUCUGAUUACAAAGGAAACGGCUUCAAAAAUGUAUAUGACAGAUCCACUCGUGAAUUUGAAAGAUUAAACUCAGACUCUGUUCGUUCUAUCCGGUGCAUAGUAAAUGAAAAACUAAUAUUCGGAUGCUAUUUGCUGAAAUCACAAGAAGUACUCAUACCAUUCGAAUUAGUCCGUAAUUAUUUUAAGGUUUAUGGAUCCCUUGAUUUAUCGUCUAGCACAUUUUAUUGGAAUCACGCCAAUGUUGACGUCCCAAAACCAUAUUUGAAUAAACAUAAUCCUGUUGGUAUAUAUAUGCAAUUCCAUAAAUCCAAUGUAGAAAAACGAGAUAAUGUGAAAUUAAUCGUUGCAGAUGAAGGAGUACCAAUCAGUCAACAAUGGAGUUCUCGCGGUUAUCCAUAUCCAAUUCAAAUAGCACAAUUUGGCUUGAAUCAUUUCAGUCAAUUAGUAAUAUCAUCUGGUCAAGCGAAAUUUGAAAAUGUACGAAAUGUUUUGUCGUUGGACAAUAAAAAUAUGGAGUUAGAUCUUAUUGUUCCCAGUAAUAAUGUAAUUCAUCGUUGGGCUGAUAAAGAGUUUAUACAUAAAUGGAAUGACAGACUUAUGUUGUCAGUUGAUAAACUGAACUUCUAUGGUCAAGUAUUGUCAAUAAUCCCAAAGCUUCAAGAAUGGGAUUAUCUCAUUAUGAUUGGUCGUCAGUGGACAUAUGGAAGCCAUAUUGAAUUAUCACUUUUAUGGUAUCCUCCAGGUGGAAGUUAUAAGAAUUACCCUACAAAAAGUUUGAUUGUAUACAAUUGUUCAUCAUCUCCAAGUAGACAUCAAACCUAUGCCACUAUCAUUCAUAAUAAUAAAGUCACAUAUUGGAUGCCUGAAUGUGAAAAACAAGCCAAGAUAUAUGGAUUUGUUGAUAAUAUCAAGAUAGCACGUGAUCUUUACACUGAUUUAAUGAAAGUAUUCUACGCAAAUCGAAAGUCAUCGGAAUAUACUGGUUUAAGUAGUAUGAAAUUAUUGAAUACUGUUAAUGAUACUAAUAAUCCAUCGUAA